AUGUCGCGGGCGUCGACGGCGACGGGCAUGCACCUCGCCGCCGGUCCGAGCCGCCUCCGCCUAGGUCAUGCGCCGCCUCCUCCUCGCAUCCCGCCGCAGCCCUCGACGCCGUCCGCGCCGCCACCAGCCCGCUCCUCGCCAUGGCCCAUCGCUGCCGGUUCGAGCCGCCUCCGCCCCACGCCGCCGCCGACCCGCGCCCCGCCGCGGCCCAUUGCCGCCUCCACCAUGGCCCCGCUCCGCCGCCGGCCCGCGUCCCUCCGUGGUCCCUCGCCGCCAGUCCGCGUCGCGCCCUCCGGGGAGCCCCUGGAGCUGCCCGAGUUAGAGGCCGCUGCGGCGGCGGCGCUGCAUGCGUGCCGCCCCAACGUUGCGCUCACCGUGCGGGAGGGGCCCGCCGUGGGCGGCGACGCGGACUGGCGAGCGCUCGCCCCCGGUGGCGGCGCCGGAGCAGACUCGGGCGAGCGCCCGCGCCUUGGCUGGCGACGGCGAGGAGGAAGAGAAUGA